CGUGUUUCCCUACGGAAUGUUUUUGUUGGUGGACACAGGACUUCCGGGUUGCUUUAAGAAGUAGAAAGAUUUCAACAAUGUGGUUCUGUAGGUGAAUAGAGGUUAAUGUGGAGAAAUAGCCACCUCGGUAAUUAUUCCUGUCGACUGCUGAGACUUAAUUCUGGGUAAAAUGGUUGACUGGAACCCGAUAGCGAAGCUGUACGACCCGCUGAAAGCUGGCAGCAUCGACGGUACGGACGUGGAGCCCCAUGACCGGGCGGUGUGGCGGGCUAUGGGAGCCCGCUACAAACCCAACAAAGGCGUUGUGGGAGACCCGCUGCUCACCCUGUUUGUGGCCCGCUUGAGCCCGCACACAACCGAAGAUAAACUGCAUCAAGUGUUCUCAAAGUACGGAGUCAUCCAGCGGCUCCGGCUGGUCCGGGACAUCGUGACGGGCUUCUCCAAAGGAUACGCCUUCAUCGAGUACAAGGAAGAGCGGUCCGUGGUCAGGGCCCGGCGGGACGCUAACAAGCUGGUGGUGGACCAGCAGGAAGUGUUUGUGGAUUUUGAGCAGGAGAGGACUCUCAAAGGAUGGGUGCCGCGGCGGCUCGGUGGGGGACUAGGAGGGAAGAAAGAGUCCGGACAGCUGCGGUUCGGCGGCAGGGACAGACCUUUCCGGAAGCCCAUUAACCUGGGGGUCGGACCGGUGCAGGACUGGGGAGGAGGUGGAGGUAGAGACAGGGAGUGGGACAGGCAAGGGGCGAGAGGAAGGGAGGACCGGGACCGACACAGAGAGACGGAUUGGGGCAAUAGAGGGAGGAGGGAUGACCGGGACAGAGGCAGAGAGAGGGACGACCGGAGACACGGAGACCGGAGCAGACCCCGGGACAGGAGAUGAAGCACAGAAACCCGUUAGUCUCACCAUGGUCAGAGGAAGUCUGACAGAUAUUUUCAUGUCAAGCCCAGCUGCUUGGUUGAAAUGAAGGAAUUUUAGCUAAGUGGACAGUGAGGGAGAGAGUGACUGGACACCAGACUGUUCUGUUCUGAACAUACUGAACUGUACUGUGGAAAAAUACUAAUUGAAAUUACAGAUGACCUUCUUAUGAUAUGUCACUGGUUGGGCGUGGAUUGUCAAGUUCACUGGAUGAUGUCAACCUUUAGUCUGUGUUUUUCAUUUCAGUUUUUCUCAGGGAGCUAGUGUCAACUAAGCUGUAAAGCCAUUUUAAUUCGCCACAUUAAAAAAUUCUACUGUUUAUAACAAUGAUAAACUCACUUUGUAUUUAUUUAGUUUUUUACAGUAUUGUUAUCCAGCCAAAACCAGCUUAGAGGUAGUAAAAGCAAGAUUAAUUUUAACUCAUGCCAGUUAAGGAGCUGUCUCUGUUAGUAAGAAGAUUUCGUUCUUGCAUUGAAAUCUGAUGUGUGCAUUUUUACCAACUGGCUCAGGCUGACAGUUUUUGUGUGACAUUCAUGUAUUUGUUAUUGAAAAUUUUUGGAGCUUUAUAUUUGGUAAAAAACUGUUACUAAGUGUUUGUGCAGAAUUGGUUCUAAACACAAGGCAGGGAAAGCAAAUAAACCAUCAGAACUUAUUUUUGCUGGGUUUUGCUGUUGGUGGUGGCCAAUGUGAAGUUAGAUUGUUGUAUUUUUCAGAUAUUCCCAAAAGUACUAAUUUGUGAUCAAACUUUUUCCUCUGUAAGUUACAUAAAGCGUGGAUUAAGUUAUCAA